CACAUAGCUGUGUACAUCCUCAAAAACUCUACCGACUUUUCUGUAGAACCACUCCAAGGCUUCACACCUCUGAUCUCUCAAAACCAAUAUGAACUCUCCUCCCUCAGACAACGACAAUGAUGACCUCGGCCCAGCCAGGGAGCCCACCCCGCAAGCGCGACCGCCUCCUCGCGAGAAAACCCAGAUUCCCAAGCAAGUUGCGCGUGUAAAAGAGAGGCCGAGCGGAGACGAAGAGGUGGGUAGCUCACUGAAACUCGGCGAAUUCCAGGGCGUGCACAGUUUGUCUGUGUCGGAAGCGCGUAUUUUGGUCAAUGCUGUGUUCAAGGACCGCAAGCAGCGAAGGCCAAAUUGGAAUUGGGACAAGGAGAAUAUCACGAAGAUGGUAGACUACUUGGAGGAGUUCUCGAGGUUUAAGCAGACGGAAGCUAAUGAGUCGCUUGAAAGAGUGCUGGAUCAACGCCGUGAGCUGGAGUAUUUUGAGCGCUCCCAACUUGCCAAUUUAUGCCCGGAGAGUGCAGAUGAAGCAAAAACCCUCAUCCCUUCCAUCACGAACAAGAUCAGCGAUGACGAUCUACAAGAGCUUCUAAACGAGAUCGGAAAGCUCAGGCAAUUUGCCGAGUGAAAGCAGUCAUCCUCAUGUUAUGCUAUGUCUAUAGCUGAGCGUCGCCUUGAGUGAAGGAGACCGGACGCCCCCUUGAACCCCAGAAAAUACUGAUUGAGUGUAAAUGCUAGCUCGGCUGAGAUAUUGCUGAAACUACGCAGAGAUUACAGAGCCACAUCGCGGCCUCGACGUAGAUCAAGUGUUGUGCUUGAGAGCUCUGCGAAGAUAUUUCCCCAAGCCAACGCAAAGUAUUCGAGUUGGAAUAUCGACAUUGCUUAGGUUGUUGUUUCACCCGAAACACGGCGUAUGGUCAGAGGGUGACACGCACUAUAUACAGUGUAGAUCCUGUAGCAUAAAUGCAGCACUUUGCACAGACCAGCCU